CCCUGAAUAUUAGUUUGGCGACACUAGUUGUUUACAGUUUGACAGAAGUUACUCUGGUGCAAAGCGUCAUGGGGUGUAGUAGAAAGGUGGAUUGAGGACAAAGCAAUAAUGCAACGCGACCUUUGCCCAAAUCCUGUUGUGCACAUAGCCUAUACACAGUUUACCACCAGAUCACACUGCACUUCCAGAAGCAGAAACAUUUCAUCAUGGUUUCUGGGACUUUAUUUGUGUUUGUACUGCUGUGUGGAGUGGAGGCUGGUCAUGCUGGCAAGGUUUUGGUGUUACCAGGCGAGUACAGUCACUGGCACAACAUGCGUGCGAUCAUUGACGCGCUGGUCGAUCGCAACCACAGUGUGACGGUUCUGGUCAGUUCUUCAUCACCUACUGUACCGCACACACGGAAGGAGCGCUUCGAUUUCAUUGUGUAUAAAGUCAACACGAAGAAAGAAGAGGCCAAUGCUGUGUUGAGAGAUAUGAUUCAUCUCGGGACGAAUGACACAGCCACCAAAUACAAGGGAGACUUCAUGGUCUGGCGAGUGAUUUCCAACUAUAUGGCGUUCCUUACUGAUAUAUCCAAGGGCAUGUUUCAUGAGGAUCUUUUACACACGCUUCGGGAAUCUCAUUAUGAUGUGCUUUUAUCUGAUCCGAUGAUGCCAUUCCCUGACUUGAUGGCACAGAAGCUGAAUAUCCCGCACGUCCUCUCGAUGCGCGCAACGUUCGCGUACAUAGCAGAGCGGCUUUGCGGUCAGAUGCCUGCGCCGCCGUCCUACGUUCCUGCGGUCGCUUUGCGAGAUUAUCUCACUGAUCGUAUGAGCUUCAUAGAGAGAGUUGAAAACAUGCUCCUCUAUAUCAUACAUACGACUAUAUUUCCAUUGAGCAUGAAGUUUACUGCAGAUAAGCUCUACACUGAAAUAUUGGGCAAACCCACAACAAUGUGUGAGACCAUUGGAAAAACCGACAUCUGGUUGAUUAGAACUUACUGGGAUUUUGAGUAUCCACGCCCACUCCUGCCUAAUUUUAAAUUUGUUGGAGGACUACACUGCAAACCCGCCAAGCCUCUGUCAAAGGAACUGGAGGAGUUUGUUCAGAGCUCAGGAGAUCAUGGCAUCGUUGUCUUCUCACUGGGUUCCAUGCUGGGCAACCUGACAUUGGAAAGAGCAAACACUAUUGCUUCAGCUCUUGGCCAGAUCCCACAAAAGGUUGUUUGGCGUUAUAAUGGGAAAACACCAGAAACUCUCGCCUCCAAUACAAAACUCUAUGACUGGAUCCCACAGAAUGAUUUGCUUGGUCAUCCAAAAACAAAGGCCUUCAUUACCCACGGUGGGACAAAUGGACUGUAUGAGGCUAUUUAUCAUGGUGUCCCAAUGGUGGGCUUGCCACUGUGGGGUGACCAGCCUGAUAAUCUAAUGCACAUGAAAACCAAAGGAGCUGCUGUAGUUCUUGAUAUCAACACAAUGCAGUCCAAAGACCUGGUGGAUGCUCUCAAGACUGUCGUAAAUAAUCCAUCGUACAAGGAGAGCAUCAUGAGACUGUCCAGAAUCCACCAUGAUCAGCCAAUGAAGCCUCUGGACCAGGCAGUUUACUGGAUCGAAUUUGUGAUGCGGCAUAAAGGAGCUAAACAUCUACGAGUUCAGGCACAUGAUCUGAGCUGGUAUCAGUACCACUGCCUGGAUGUAGUGGCCUUCUUACUCUCAAUCGUUGCACUGAUCACAUUCCUCUUCAUUAAAACAUGCCGUUGCCUUUUCCGUAAAUGUUUCAGAAAGACUCGUCCUGAUGGCAAAGCACAAAAGAGUAAAAAAGAGUGAAUGCAAAGUAGGUUAGCACAGAGCAGCUCCCAAUUCCAGUCCAGUCACGACAGCUACAAUUGAACUAUCAUGAAUAUGGAUUAAAUAAGAAAAAAGGACACAUUCAGUAUAACCAAAAUAUGUUUCUUUUCGUAUUAAACAUCGCAACAUGCAUUUAUCAUUUAAUUUAGGGCUUUUGAAUUUGACAGGUUAGAUUAAGUGAAAUUGAUCAUUAAUAUUUAUAUAAAUACACAUGGAUGUAUUAUACAUAUUAAAGGGGUUAUAUG